AUGGCACCUACAUCAGCGGCCGGGGAUUCAGUGACAGCACUUCAUUCGUCUUUUACUACCACAGCGCCGGGCUGGGCUGACAGCACGGCCUACGAACCAGACACAGUAUCUGUGAUAAACUCUUGGACUUCUUCUUUAGACUACUCCUCAACUGACCCUGUGUCCAACACUGCUCUGGCCACAAUGUUUCCUGAAAGUAGACCUCAAUUUGAUUCAUUAACUGAAAUAUCAACAACAGGGGACAUGUAUUUCGAAACGAAUUUAGAAGCAACGGUCUCUAAAAACACAUAUUUUUAUGCGUCGACUAAAGAGGAAACGAUUGUGGAGACAUCGAUAAGAAAAACGGAUGAAGGUGCAUUAUUCACAACAACAGUAGCAACAGCUGAUGUUGUAACAACGACAAUGCCGACACCAACGAUAGUAACUGAUGAAGUCACAAUGACCAUGCCUACAACAACACUAGCAACAACUGAUGAUGUAACAAUGACCAUGCCUACAACAACAAUAGCAACGGCUGAUGAUGUAACAGUGACCAUGCCUACAACAACACUAGCAACAACUGAUGAAGUCACAACGAUCACGCCUACAACGCCAAUAGCAACGGCUGAUGUUGAAACAACGAUCAUGCCUACAACAACAUUAGCAACAACUGAUGUUGAAACAACGACCAUGCCUACAACAACAAUAGCAACAACUGAUGAUGUAACAACGAUCAUGCCUAUAACAACAGUAGCAACAGCUGAUGUUGAAACAACGACCAUGCCUACAACAACAAUAGCAACAACUGAUGAUGUAACAACGAUCAUGCCUAUAACAACAGUAGCAACAGCUGAUGUAACAUUUGAGACAAAAACAACAUCUUCUGUGAUACUAGAUGCAGAAGCGAUAUCGUCGUCUAUGACAACCAAUGCAGAACCAACGACUUCGCCUUUAGUUACAACAAAUACAGAAACCACCUUUUUUAUGACAACUGACACAGAAAUAACUACGACUACUGUGACGACAAACGCAGAGACAACAUCAACUUUAGUACCAAGUGAUACAAAAUCUACGUCUACUUUGAUAACUGAUGUAACAACAGAAAUGUCUCCUAUGACUGAUGACAUGAAAACAACGGCUGUUGUAACAAAUGACACAGAAUCAACUAUUUCUGUGAGAGCUGAUAACGACACAACAUCUUCUGAGACCACUAAGGCAGAAACAACAUCUGCUCCAAUAACUGAUACGGAAACAGUAUCUUCUGUGGCAACUGGUGCAACAACAACAUCCUCUGUGACUACUGAUGCCGAAUCAACAUCUAUUGCAUCAACAGUUACUGAAACAAUAUCAUCUGAUUUAACAUCUGGUGGCGAAACAUCCGUCACAAUUGAUGCAGCAACAACAACGUCUACAGUUACGACUGAUGCAUUUACUACAACAUUUACCGUAACAACUGAUGCAGAAACUAUUACAUCUGAUUUAAUAACAAAUUCUGAAACAUCUGUAGAAACUGAUACAGUAACAACAGCGUCAUCUGCGACAACAGAACCCUAUUUCAUGACAGCGUCUUUAGACACGACUGAUUCAGUAACUACAACAUCUGCAUCAACAAUUGAUGCACAAACUACAGGGUCUGUUUUAUCAAAUGGCGCAGAAACAUCUGUUACAACUGAUGCAGAAACAACGGCGUCUACAUUAGAGACUAAUGCAGAAACUACAACGUCUGUUAUAUCAACCAGUGCAGAAACAACUUUAACAACUGCUGGAUCAGCAACGUCUACUGUAACGACUGAUGCAGAAACAACUGUGAAAACCGAGGCAUCAGCAACAACGUCUACAAUAACGACUGAUGCAUUUACGACAACGUUAACAUUAACAACUGAUGCAGCAACAACAGCGUCUACUGUAACGACUGAUGCAGCAAUUACAACGUCAACAUUAACACCUGAUGCAGUAACUACCACGUCUAUUUCCAAAACUGAUGAAGAGACUACAACGCCUGUUUUAUCAACUAACGCAAAAACAACUGUGACAACUGAUGCUGCAACAACGUCUACUGUAACGACUUAUGCAGUAACUACAACGUCCGUUUUAUCAUAUGACUCCGAUAUUUUUGUGACAACUGAUGCAGCAACAACGGCGUCUACAUUAACGAAUGAUGCAGAAAUUACAACUAUUUUAACAACUGAUGCUGAAACAACUGUGACAACUGGUGCAACAAUAACAACUUCCGCUGUAACGACCGAUGCAGUAACCACAUCGUCUAUGUCAACAACUGAUGCAGGAACUUCAACGUCUGUUUUAUCGUCUAACACAGAAAUAACUGUAACAACUGUUCCAGAAACAACUAUGUCUGCUUCAACAACUAAUGCAGAAACUUCACCGUCUGAUUUAACAUCUGUUGCUGAAAUAUCUGUGACAACUGAUGCAGCAACAACAACGUCUACUGUAACGACUGAUGCAGCAACUACAACUUCAACAGUAACAACUGAUGCAAUAUCUACAAAAUUUGCUUCAACAACUAAUGCAGAGACAACGUCUGUUUUAUCAACUAGUGCAGAAACAUCUGUGACAACUGAAGCAACAACAACAACGUCUACUAUAACGACUGAUGCAGGAACUGCAACUUCUAUUUUAUCAACUAAAGCAGAAACAAUUGUGACAACUGAUGUACCAACAAUGUCUGCUGUAACUACUGAUGCAGUAACUACAACGUCUGCUUCAACAAGGGAUGCAGAAACUACAACGUCUGACUUAACAUCUGUUGCUCAAAAAUCUGUGACAACUGAUGCAGCAACAAUAAUAUCUGCUGUAACGACUGAUGCAGUAACUACUAAAUCUGCUUCAACAAAUGAUGCAGAAACUACAACGUCUGAUGUAACAUCUGAUGCAGAAAUAUCUGUGACAACAGGAGCAGCAACAACAGAGUUAACAGUAUCGACUGAUGCAGUAUCUACAAAAUCUGCUUCAACAACUGAUGCAGAGACUACGUCUACAACAGCGUCUACAGUAACGACUGAUGCAGAAGCUACAACGUCUGUUUUAUCAACUAACGCAGAAACAACUGUGACAACUGAUGCAGGAACAACGUCCACUGUAACGACUGAUGCAGUAACUACAAGGCCUGUUUUAACAACUGAUGCUAAAACAACUCCGACAACCGAGGCAUCAACAAUGCCUACAGUAACGACUGAUGAAGUUACGACAACCUUAACAUUAACGACUGAUGCAGAAACUACAACAUCUGAUUUAAUAACUGAUACUGUAACAUCUGUAUCAACAGACACAGUAACAACGCCAUCAACAACUGAUGAAGCAACAACAGCGUCUACAUUAACGAAUGCUGCAGAAACUACAACAUCUAUCUUAACAACUGAGGCUGAAACAACCAUGACAACUGAUGCAGCAACAAUAACGUCCGCUGAAAGGACCGAUGCAGUUACCUCAACGUCUAUGUCAAUAACUGAUGGAGGAACGUCAAAGUCUGUUUUAUUAACUAACGCAGAAACAACUGUGACAACUGAUGCAGCAACAAUGUCUGCUGUAACGACUGAUGCAGUAACUACAACGUCUGCUUCAACAACUGAUGCAGAAAGUACAACGUCCGUUUUAUCACAUGACGCAGCAAAAACUGAUGCAGCAUCAACGGCGUCUACAAUAACGAAUCCUGCAGACACUUCAACUUCUAAAUUAACAACUAAUGCUAAAAUAACUAUGACAACUGAUGCAGCAGCAACAACAACGUCUACUGUAACGUCCGAUGCAGUAACCUCAACGUCUGCUUCAACAAAUGAUGCAGAAACUACAACGUCCGAUGUAACAUCUGAGGCAGAAAUAUCUGUGACAACAGAAGCAGCAACAACAGAGUCAACAGUAUCGACUGAAUUAGUAACUACAAAAUCUGCUUCAACAACUGAUGCAGAGACUAUGUCUACAACAGCGUCUACAGUAACGACUGAUGCAGAAGCUACAACGUCUGUUUUAUCAACUAACGCAGAAACAACUGUGACAACGGAUGCAGAAACAACUACGUCUACUUCAACAAGUGAUGUAGAAACAAAAACGUCUGAUUUAACAAUUGAUGCUGAAACAACUCUGAAAUCCGAAGCAUCCACAGCAACGUCUACAGUAACGACUGAUGAAGUUACGACAACGUUAACCUUAACAACAGAUGCAGAAAGUACAACAUCUGAUUUAAUAACUGAUACUGAAAAAUCUAUAUCAACAGGCAAAGUAACAACGCCAUCUACUGUAACGACUGUUACAGAAAUUACAAUGACUCUUUUAUCAACUGAUGCAGGAACAACAACGUAUAUUGUAACGACUGAUGCAGAAACUACAACGUCUAUUUCAACAACUGCUGCAGAAACUACAACGUCUGUUUUAUCACAUGACGCAGAAAUUUUUGUAACAACUGAUGAAGCAACAACGGCGUCUACAUUAACGAAUGCUGCAGAAACUACAACAUCUAUUUUAACAACUGAUACUGAAACAACUGUGACAACUGAUGCAGCAACAACACCGCCUGCUGUAACGACCGAUACAGUAACCACACCGUCUAUGUCAACAACUGAUGCAGAAACUACAACGUCUGCUGUAACGACCGAUACAGUAACCACAACGUCUAUGUCAACAACUGAUCCAGAAACAACUACGUCUACUUUUACAAAUGAUCCAGAAACUAUAAUAUCCAUUUCAACAACUGAUGCUGAAACAACUGUAAAAACCGAGGCAUCAACAACAGCGUCUACAUUAACGAAUGCUGCAGAAACUACAACAUCUAUUUUAACAACUGAUACUGAAACAACUGUGACAACUGAUGCAGCAACAACACCGUCUGCUGUAACGACCGAUACAGUAACCACAACGUCUAUGUCAACAACUGAUGCAGAAACUACAACGUCUGCUGUAACGACCGAUACAGUAACCACAACGUCUAUGUCAACAACUGAUGUAGAAACUACAACGUCCGCUGUAACGACAGAUACAGUAACCACAACGUCUAUGUCAACAACUGAUCCAGAAACAACUACGCCUACUUUAACAAAUGAUCCAGAAACUAUAACAUCCAUUUCUACAACUGAUGCUGAAACAACUAUGACAACUGAUGCAGCAACAACAACGUCCGCUGUAACGACCGAUGCAGUAAACACAACGUCUAUGUCAACAACUGAUGUAGAAACUACAACGUCUGUUUUAUCAACUAACGCAGAAACACCUGUGACAAUUGAUCCAGAAACAACUACGUCUACUGCAACAACUUAUGCAGAAACAACAACAUCUGAUUUAACAUCUAUUGCUGAAACAUCUGUUAAAACUGAUGCAGCUACAACAGCGUCUACUGUAACGACUGAUGCAGUAACUACAGCGUCUACCUCAACAACUGAUACAGAAACUACAACGUCUGUUUUAACAACUGAUGCUGAAACAUCUGUUACAACUGAUGCAUCAACAACAGCAUCUACAGUAACGAGUAAUGCAGAAUCUACAACAUUUGCUUCAUCAACUAAUGCAGAAACAACUCUGACAACUGAUGCAGAAACUACAACGUCCGUUUUAUCACAUGACGCAGAAAAUUUUGUAACAACUGAUGAAGCAACAACGGCGUCUACAUUAACGAAUGCUGCAGAAACUACAACAUCUAUUUCAACAACUGAUACUGAAACAACUGUGGCAACUGAUGCAGCAACAACACCGUCUAUGUCAACAACUGAUGUAGAAACUACAACGUCCGCUGUAACGACCGAUACAGUGACCACAACGUCUAUGUCAACAACUGAUGUAGAAACUACAACGUCCGCUGUAACGACCGAUACAGUAACCACAACGUCUAUGUCAACUACUGAUGCAGAAACUACAACGUCUGCUGUAACGACCGAUACAGUAACCACAACGUCUAUGUCUACAACUGAUGCAGAAACUACAACGUCUGCUGUAACGACCGAUACAGUAACCACAACGUCUAUGUCAACAACUGAUGUAGAAACUACAACGUCCGCUGUAACGACAGAUACAGUAACCACAACGUCUAUGUCAACAACUGAUCCAGAAACAACUACGCCUACUUUAACAAAUGAUCCAGAAACUAUAACAUCCAUUUCUACAACUGAUGCUGAAACAACUAUGACAACUGAUGCAGCAACAACAACGUCCGCUGUAACGACCGAUGCAGUAAACACAACGUCUAUGUCAACAACUGAUGUAGAAACUACAACGUCUGUUUUAUCAACUAACGCAGAAACACCUGUGACAAUUGAUCCAGAAACAACUACGUCUACUGCAACAACUUAUGCAGAAACAACAACAUCUGAUUUAACAUCUAUUGCUGAAACAUCUGUUAAAACUGAUGCAGCUACAACAGCGUCUACUGUAACGACUGAUGCAGUAACUACAGCGUCUACCUCAACAACUGAUACAGAAACUACAACGUCUGUUUUAACAACUGAUGCUGAAACAUCUGUUACAACUGAUGCAUCAACAACAGCAUCUACAGUAACGAGUAAUGCAGAAUCUACAACAUUUGCUUCAUCAACUAAUGCAGAAACAACUCUGACAACUGAUGCAGAAACUACAACGUCCGUUUUAUCACAUGACGCAGAAAAUUUUGUAACAACUGAAGAAGCAACAACGGCGUCUACAUUAACGAAUGCUGCAGAAACUACAACAUCUAUUUUAACAACUGAUACUGAAACAACUGUGGCAACUGAUACAGCAACAACACCGUCUGCUGUGACGGCCGAUACAGUAACCACAACGUCUAUGUCAACAACUGAUGUAGAAACUACAAUGUCCGCUGUAACGACCGAUACAGUAACCACAACGUCUAUGUCAACAACUGAUGUAGAAACUACAGCGUCCGCUGUAACGACCGAUACAGUAACCACACCGUCUAUGUCAACAACUGAUCCAGAAACAACUACGUCUACUUCAAGAAAUGAUCCAGAAACUAUAACAUCCAUUUCAACAACUGAUGCUGAAACAACUGUAAAAACCGAGGCAUCAACAACCGCGUCUACAGUAACGACUGAUGCAGAAACUACAACAUCUGUUUCAACAACUGAUGCAGGAACUACAACGGCUGAUUUAAUAUUUCAUACUGAAACAACUGUGAAAACUGAUGCAUCAACAACGGCGUUUACAGUAACGAGUAAUGCAAAAUCUACAACGCCCGCUUCAUCAACUUACGCAAAAACAACUGCGACAACUGAUGCAGCAACAACAUCUACUGUAAGGACUAACGCAGUAACUACAACGUCUGCUUCAACAGCUGAUACUGAAAGUACAACGUUUGUUUUAAUAACUGAUGCUUAUACAUCUGUGGCAACUGAUGCAGCAACAACGGCGUCGACGUUAACGACUAAUGCAGAAACUACAACGUCUGUUUUAACAACUGAUGCUGAAACAACUCUGAAAACCGAGGCAUCAACAACAACGUCUACAGUAACAACUGAUACAGUUACAACAACGUUAACCUUAAUGACUGAUGCAGAAAGUACGACAUCUGAUCUUAUAACUGAUACUGUAACAUCUGUAUCAACAGGGACAGUAACAACGCCAUCUACGGUAACGACUGAUACAGAAACUACAACAACUCUUUUAUCAACUAACACAGAAACAACUAAGACAACUGAUGCAGCAACAACAACGUCUACUGUAACGACUGAUGCAGUAACUACAACCUCUACUUCAACAACUGAUGCAGGAAUUUCAACGUCUGGUGUAUCAACUAACGCAGAAACAACUGUGACAACUGAUCCAGAAACAGCUACGUCUACUCCAACAACUGAUGCAGAAACAACAUCAUUUUAUUUAACAUCUAUUGCUGAAACAUCUGUUACAACUGAUGCAGCAACAACAACGUCUACUGUAACGUCUGUCGCACUAACCACAAAACCUGCUUUAACAACUGAUGCAGAAACAACGUCUGUUUUAUUAACUAACGCAGAAACAACUUUGACAACUGAUGCAGAUACUACAGCGUCUACUGUAACGACUGAUUCAGUCACUACAAAGUCUGUAUCAACAACUGGUGCAGUAACUACAACGUCCGUUUUAUCAAUUGAAUCAGAAACAACUGAAACAUCAAAAACAGUAUAUACGGUAAUGAAUGAUGCAGACACUACAACUUCUGAUAUAAUAAUUGAUACUGAAACAACUUUGACAUCUGAUGCAUCAACAACUGCGUCUACAGUAACGACUGAUGCAGAAACUGCAACGACUCUUUUAUCAACUAACGCAGAAACAACUAUGACAACUGAUGCAGCAACAAUGUCUACUGUAACGUCUGAUGAAGUAACUACAACUUCUACUUUAAUAACUGAUGCAGUAACUACAACGUUAACCUUAACAACUGAUGCUGAAACAACUGUGAAAACCGAGGCAUCAACAACAACGUCUACAGUAACGACUGAUGCGGUAGCUACGUCUGCUUCAACAAAUGAUGCAGAGACUACAUCUGUUUCAUCAACUAACGCAGAAACAACAGAGACAACUGAUGCAGCAACAAUGUCUACUGUAACGACUGAUGAAGUAACUACAACUUCUACUUCAAUAACUGAUGCAGUAACUACAACUGAUGCUGGAACAACUAUCACAACUGAUGCAGCAACAAUGUCUACUGUAACGUCUGAUGAAGUAACUACAACUUCUACUUUAAUAACUGAUGCAGUAACUACAACGUUAACCUUAACAACUGAUGCUGAAACAACUGUGAAAACCGAGGCAUCAACAACAACGUCUACAGUAACGACUGAUGCGGUAGCUACGUCUGCUUCAACAAAUGAUGCAGAGACUACAUCUGUUUCAUCAACUAACGCAGAAACAACAGAGACAACUGAUGCAGCAACAAUGUCUACUGUAACGACUGAUGAAGUAACUACAACUUCUACUUCAAUAACUGAUGCAGUAACUACAACUGAUGCUGGAACAACUAUCACAACUGAUGCAGCAACANCACAGACUAACGCAGUAACUACAACGUCUGCUUCAACAGCUGAUACUGAAAGUACAACGUCUGUUUUAACAACUGAUGCUAAUACAUCUGUGGCAACUGAUGCAGCAACAACGGCGUCUACGUUAACGACUAAUGCAGAAACUACAACGUCUGUUUUAACAACUGAUGCUGAAACAACUCUGAAAACCGAGGCAUCAACAACAACGUCUACAGUAACGACUGAUACAGUUACAACAACGUUAACCUUAACGACUGAUGCAGAAAGUACGACAUCUGAUUUAAUAACUGAUACUGUAACAUCUGUAUCAACAGGGACAGUAACAACGCAAUCUACGGUAACGACUGAUACAGAAACUACAACAACUCUUUUAUCAACUAACACAGAAACAAUUAAGACAACUGAUGCAGCAACAACAACGUCUACCGUAACGACUGAUGCAGUAACUACAACCUCUACUUCAACAACUGAUGCAGGAAUUACAACGUCUGGUGUAUCAACUAACGCAGAAACAACUGUGACAACUGAUCCAGAAACAACUACGUCUACUUCAACAACUGAUGCAGAAACAACAUCAUUUGAUUUAACAUCUAUUGCUGAAACAUCUGUUACAACUGAUGCAGCAGCAACAACAACGUCUACUGUAACGUCUGACGCACUAACCACAAAACCUGCUUUAACAACUGAUGCAGAUACAACGUCUGUUUUAUUAACUAACGCAGAAACAACUUUGACACCUGAUGCAGAUACUACAACGUCUACUGUAACGACUGAUUCAGUAACUACAAAGUCUGUAUCAACAACUGGUGCAGUAAUUACAACGUCCGUUUUGUCAAUUGACGCAGAAACAACUGAAACAUCAAAAACAGUAUAUACGGUAAUGAAUGAUGCAGACACUACAACUUCUGAUUUAAUAAUUGAUACUGAAACAACUUUGACAUCUGAUGCAUCAACAACAGCGUCUACAGUAACGACUGAUGCAGAAACUGCAACGACUCUUUUAUCAACUAACGCAGAAACAACUAUGACAACUGAUGCAGCAACAAUGUCUACUGUAACGUCUGAUGAAGUAACUACAACUUCUACUUUAAUAACUGAUGCAGUAACUACAACGUUAACCUUAACAACUGAUGCUGAAACAACUGAGACAACUAACGCAGCAACAACGUCUACUGUAACGACUGAUGCUGUACCUACGUCUGCUGCAACAACUGAUGUAGAAACUACAACGUCUGUUUUAUCACCUAACGCAGAAACAACUAUGACAACUGAUGCAUCAACAACGGCGUCUACAUUAAUGAAUGAUUCAGAAACUACAACUUCUAUUUCAACAACUGAUGCUGAAGCAACUGUUAAAACCGAGGCAUCAACAACAGCGUCUACAGUAACGACAGAUGCAGUAACUAAAACGUCUGCUUCAAUAAGUGAUGCACAAACUGCAACGUCUGAUGUAACGACUGAUGCAGAAAUAUCAGUGACAACAGAAGCAGCAACAACAGAGUUAACAGUAUUGACUGAUGCAGUAACUACAAAACCUGUUUCAACAACUGAUGCAGAGAGUACUGUUUUAUCAACUAACGCAGAAACAACUUUGACAACUGAUGCAGCAGCAACGUCUACUGUAAAGACUGAUGCAGUAUCUACAACUUCUGCUUUAACAACUGAGGCAGAAACUGCAACGUCUGUUUUAACAUCUGAUCCCGACACAUCUGUGACAACUGAUGCAGCAACAACGGCGUCUAUGUUAACGACUAAGGCAGUAACUACAACGUUUUUUUUAACAACUGAUGCUGAAACAACUCUGAAAACCGAGGCAUCAACAACAACGUCUACAGAAACGACUGAUAUAGUUACGACAACCUUUACCUUACCGACUGAUGCAGAAAGUACAACACCUGAUUUAAUAACUGAUACUGAAACAUCUGUAUCAACAGGCACAGUAACAACGACAUCUACUGUAACGACUGAUACAGAAACUACAACGACUUUUUUUUCAACUAACGCAGAAACAACUCUGACAACUGAUGCAGAGAUAAUUACGUCUACUGUAACGACUGAUGCAGAAACUACAUCAUCAGCUUUAACAACUGAUGCAGAAACUACAACGUCCGUUUUAUCACAUGACGCAGAAAAUUUUGUAACAUCUGAUGCAGUAACAACAACGUCUACAUUAACGAAUGAUUCAGAAACUACAACUUCUAUUUUAACAACUGAUGCUGAAACAACUGUAAAAACGGAGGCUUCAACAACAGCGUCUACGGUAAUGACUGAUUCAGAAACUACAAUGUCUGUUUUAUCAACUAACACAGAUACAACUGAGACAACUGACGCAGCAACAACGUCUACUGUGACGACUGAUGCUGUACCUACGUCUGCUGCAACAACUGAUGUAGAAACUACAACGUCUGUUUUAUCAACUAACGCAGAAACAACUGUGACAACUGAUGCAUCAACAACGGCGUCUACAUUUAUGAAUGAUUCAGAAACUACAACUUCUGUUUCAACAACUGAUGCUGAAACAACUGUAAAAACCGAGGCAUCAACAACAGCGUCAACAGAAAUGACUGAUUCAGAAACUACAACGUCUGUUUUAUCAACUAACACAGAUACAACUGAGACAACUGACGCAGCAACAACGUCUACUGUAACGAAUGAUGCUGUACCUAAGUCUGCUUCAACAACUGAUGUAGAAACUACGACGUCUGUUUUAUCAACUAACGCAGAAACAACUAUGACAACUGAUGCAGCAACAAUGUCUACUGUAACGUCUGAUGAAGUAACUACAACUUCUACUUUAAUAACUGAUGCAGUAACUACAACGUUAACCUUAACAACUGAUGCUGAAAAAACUGUAAAAACCGAGGCAUCAACAUCAACGUCUACAGUAACGACUGAUGCAGUAGCUACGUCUGCUUUAACAAAUGAUGCAGAGACUACAUCUGUUUCAUCAACUAACGCAGAAACAACUGAGACAACUGAUGCAGCAACAAUGUCUACUGUAACGACUGAUGAAGUCACUACAACUUCUACUGCAAUAACUGAUGCAGUAACUACAACGUUAACCUUAACAACUGAUCCUGAAACAACUGAGACAACUAACGCAGCAACAACGUCUACUGUAACGACUGAUGCUGUACCUACGUCUGCUGCAACAACUGAUGUAGAAACUACAACGUCUGUUUUAUCAACUAACAGAGAAACAACUGUGGCAACUGAUGCAUCAACAACGGCGUCUACAUUUAUGAAUGAUUCAGAAACUACAACUUCUGUUUCAACAACUGAUGCUGAAACAACUGUAAAAACCGAGGCAUCAACAACAGCGUCUACAGUAACGACAGAUGCAGUAACUAAAACGUCUGCUUCAAUAAGUGAUGCAGAAACUGCAACGUCUGAUGUAACGUCUGAUGCAGAAAUAUCUGUGACAACAGAAGCAGCAACAACAGAGUCAACAGUAUCGACUGAUGCAGUUAAUACAAAAUCUUCUUCAACAACUGAUGCAGAGACUACGUUUGUUUUAUCAACUAACGCACAAACAACUUUGACAACUGACGCAGCAACAACGUCUACUGUUACGACUGAUGCUGUACCUACGUCUGCUCCAACAACUGAUGUAGAAACUACAACGUCUGUUUUAGCAUCUGAUCCUGAAACAACUGUGACAACUGAUGCAGCAACAACAACGUCUACAGUAACGACUGAUGCAGUUACAACAACGUUUCCCUUAACAACUAAUGCAGAAACUACAACAUCUGAUUUAGUAACUGAUGCUAUAACAUCAGUAGCAACAGAUACAAUAACAACGACACCUACGGUAACGACUGAUGUAGAAACUACAACGACUCUUUUAUCAACUAACGCAGAAACAACUGUGACAACUGAUGCAGCAACAACAGCGUCUACAGUAACGACUGAUGCAAUAACUACAACGUUUGCUUCAACAACUGAUGCAGAAACUACAACGUCCGUUUUAUCAAAUGAUGCAGAAACAACAGUGAUAUCUGAUGCAUCAAAAACAGCGUCAACAGUAACGACUGAAGUAGAAACUACAUUGUCUGUUUUAUCAACUAACGCAGAAACAAUUGUGACAACUGAUGCUGCAACAGCAACGUCUACUAUAACGACUGAUGCAGUAACUACAACGUCUGCUUCCACAACUGAUGCCGAAACUGCAGCGUCUAUUUUAACAACGGAUGAUGAUACAACUGUGAAAACCGAGUCAUCAACAACAACGUCUACAGUAUCGACUGACGCAGUUACUACAACGUUAACCUUAACAACUGAUGCAGAAACUACAACAUCUGACUUAAUAACUGAUGCUGUAACAUCAGUAGCGACAGAUACAAUAACAACAGUAACGACUGAUUCAGGAACCACAACGACUCUUUUAUCAACUAGCGCAGAAACAACUGUGACAACUGAUGCUGCAGCAACUACGUCUACUGUAAUGACUGAUGCAGUAACUAUAGUGCCAUCUGUGACAACAAAAACAGUUGCAAAGUGUGUUGUUUCAACCGAUGUAGCAACAACAACGGCUCCCAUGACAACCGAUGUAGAAACUACGGCCUAUAGUACGGCAAGUGCUGAGUUUUCUGUGACAACUGAAUUAGCAACAACUUCAGCUUUUAAAACAGAUAUACAAACAACGUCUGGUACAGAAACAACGUUUGUUGGGACAACAAAUGCAGGAACAUCAGUGCUUUCCGUGACAAAUAAUAUGACAGCUGAAACGGAAACAGCAACCCCUACGUCUACAAGCUAUGCAGACAUCACAGCAUCCACUGUUACCACAGGUACAGACACAACACCAUAUAGUAGCACAACUUUCGGCAUGCUCAGUGAUACCAAACUGUAUCCUUUCGGGACAGCUGCAGGUGAUUACACUAUGCGUUCUCCGCCUGGAGGAAUGGACACCUGGAGAUCUUGGCAACUCCGAUGUCUUGAGGUGAAGACUUUGGAAGAAGGGUUUCCAAUCUACAACGCCAGACAUGAUAGAGUUCACAUAUGUGACAACGGUAUUCUUCAAUUCAACAACAAAUGGAAGAACGUGUGGCCUUCAAGGUUCGGCUCCCGCAGCUGGAUGAACACAGAAGCGACAGUAGCGCCAUUCUGGUCGCGAAGUGAUGCUUCCUCGUUGGAGUGUUUUGAUAACCAGAGAAAGACUGAGGUGUAUUACCAAACGUAUGAAAAGGGAGAUGGGAAGAAUGGCACUGAUGAAAUUAUCCAAAGAGUGUCACUAGAUGUUCGAAAUAACACCACGCUCCAACUUCCUCCUAGUUUCUCUGCCCUGUGGGUACUGGUGGUCACUUGGACGUAUCUCCCGCCAUACACAGGUUGCUCUUGCUAUGACAUCUGGGAUUUCAAUUCAACCAACUGUGCUGCCAACUCAUGGUGCUCUCGAUGUGCCAGUGAAGUACCAGGUUUACCGGUAAACCAUUUCCAAGCAGUUUUGGCGACUGACGGACAAUAUUCUGCAGUCAAAUUCAUAUACCCCAACGGCGGCAUCAAUUGGUUUUUCGAAGAUUACAGUGUGGCUACAUACGGAUCCUUCUCUCUGGACACACGUGAUCUGCCCGUGGCGGGGUUCAGUGCCGGGGACGGAUCUAACACUACGUAUGCAAACUAUGCAAACACUCCCUCUAGCGGCCGAUCUAGUAUGAUUAACGCAGAUACAGCAAUUGGUAAUACUGGAGAGAUCGGCACCUUCACGUUCCGCUUAGACAACUCCAGUGGAACAGCGGAACCUUGGUUACAGUGCUACAAGUGGUGGCGGGACGAGGCCAAAACGUCAUAUUCUCGCGAGAAUACAAUCACAGAUCCUUGUCCCUGCCAGGUGGGACAGGCAUCGAAUGACAGACGUUACCGUUUUGAGAAUUCAACCCGGCAUACGGUGUGCUAUACGACAGUUUUCCUGAAAUCCGGCAUGAGGCAGAUGUGCUGCUAUGAAAAUGAUCCAGAGGCAAAGAACUUUGGCUCUCUGUUGACGAACGCGCCGCGGGCUGGUGCCUUGGUUGUAGCAUCGACCGAGAACGACGAUAGAACUGCCUUCGAGAACUGUUGCGUUCUGUCUUACGGUCUGUGUCAGCUCUAUUACUACCACAGGCCACCAAGAGACUGUACUGGCUAUACACAACCAAGCAGAGCUCUUAUAUGGGGAGAUCCACACCUGAUGACCUUGGACGGUAUGAACUACACUUUUAACGGCCAAGGGGAAUUCAUUUUCGUGGAUGUAAAUGAUGGCGAACUGCAAAUGCAAGGCAGAAUGACCAAGGCCAAAGGCACAGGACAGGCAACUAUACUGACCGCAGUCGCCAUACAGGUCACCAACCAGUCAGGUAUCCAAGUGAACCUGAGAAACAACACGCAGUCAGAGCUGGAGUUGCAUGUGAACUGCACGUUGCUGGACACUGGCAACUAUACAAGCCAACCCAGUACGCAUCCUUUGCUGCCAGCAAGUGUACUGCUCUCCAAGCCGGACAACAGCUCAGUAGAGGUGUUAUACGAUAUCGGGAUUGCCAUCGUUGUGAAAGCCGAACAUGAUAUGUUGGCCGUCGUCCUUGAUGUUCCAAGCAAUUUUUCCUAUAGCACGCGGGGGCUUGUGGGAGUAAUGAACGGAGAUAUGGCGGACGAUUUCACACCGUUCAAUGGCACAGCAAUACCAAUAACAUCAUCUGAAGAAGACUUUUACAGACUCUUUGGUUUGACGUGGAUGGUAAUCAACGGUUCCGGACCAACAGGGAGUGCGUUCUGCUAUACAGACGGCGAGGACUAUGCCACAUACAAUGACCCAGAGUUCGUCCCAAUGUUUACAGAUAACUUUACCUUUUAUAAUGUGACUCUACAGCAGCAGGCUUUUGAAGUGUGUGGUGAUUACACCCCGUGUCUGUUUGACAUAGCACAGACUGGUGAUCUAACGUUUGGCGAAAUCACAAAAACCGAGAAAGUCGCGUUUGACGCAGCAGUAGCAGAUUUGGGUAAUUUUCCCCCUGUGGUUAUCGGACCACCAUCACAUCGGGUUAACAUAGGUGAAUACACCCAGAUAGUGAUAAACAUUUCCUCGCGGUUCGGGGACAGCAUCCAGGACCUGCUGGAUACAAACGCUUCCAGUGGCGUUAACUUCACUGUCCUGAAUGAACAGCAGGGCGCCAUAGGCAUUAUUCUGAACUCGGUGAACGCCAACUUAACCGUGACAUUUGUUGCCAAGGGUUCCAGUAACGCCAGCAGCUCGUACACCCCUGUGCUAGAGUACUGUCCCUGUCUUAAUGGCGGGACCUGUGAGCAGUUAACUGACGAAGAACUAAGGAAGACAGAUGCAAAGUUCAUAAAACUGGAAUGCACAUGCCCAGACAACUACUCAGGAACCCACUGUGAAGAUGUCAUUGACGCAUGCGCAGCAACUGACGACCCGUGCUUCCCUGGCAUCCGCUGUCUGAGCACCACGCCCACUGUCAACGUGUCCAGUUACUCGUGCGGACCGUGUCCACAUGGCUAUUCUGGAGACGGAAAACAGUGCGAUGAUGUGAAUGAAUGCUCUCCUGCCAAUGACUGCUCACAAAUUUGCGUCAAUGAGGUCGGCUCCUAUCGUUGCAUGUGUGAUGCUGGUUUUGUAAUGCAAUCGAACGGAAAGGACUGUAUCCCCACCCAUCCGUGUGACAUCAACUCUCUUGGCUGCGAUCUUACCAACGGCUGGUGUUAUAAUUUAUCUUCCACUGGCAACCAGACCUGUGGCUGCAAGAAAGGAUUCUCCCUCCUCAAUGGCACGGAAUGUGUAGACCAAGAUGAGUGUCUGACCGGUAACCACAGCUGCGUCCAGCACUGCCAGAAUACUGCUGGCGGCUACAACUGUUCAUGUGAUGCAGGGUACACUCUGGGAAGUGAUGGAUAUAGUUGCAUAGAUAUAGACGAGUGUUGGCUGCUACGGGACGGCUGCCUGGACACCCAGGUGUGCGUGAACACGGAGGGGAGCUUUACCUGCCAGUGUCCUGCAGGUCUCAUACUGGUCAACGGCAGGUGCACGGAGCUCCCGGAUGACGUCAUGCCCGUGCAGAACGAGCGGCGGGUGCCCAGUAAUACAGAGAUAGUAAAUGCUAUCAAGAUUUCUGUGAUAAUGUCCAUGGAAAGGUAUACAGUGACAGUGGACAGACGCGUGACCACAAUGAUAGCUUUACUGGCCAACAGUUACUGUGCCGCCACUUCAAAUACCACGUGCACGUUGGUCAGUGCGACAUCUGUCGGCAGACGCCGCCGGAAGAGGACAAUCGCCUCUGAUGCCACAUUCACGUACAACUAUAUCCUUCGUUCUCCCGGCUACCCCGUCGCUUGGCUCAACGAUUCCAACUACUUGGACGUGGCCUUCUAUGCCCUCACAACGAGCGGCGACGUCCUGUCAGUAACAGAUCUGUUGACGGCAGUGCAGAGCAAUAUAAGUGCAUUGGAGGAUGCACUGGGCAACCACAGCGUUGUGGCGACAGCGGUGCUCAAGUCGCCCCCUCUAGCCUACGAUCCCCAGCUGUCUACCACUCCGGAACCGCAGUCCUUGCUCUGGGUCAUUGGCGUAGUGUUUGCAGUCGUUCUAGUCCUUGCGGUCAUAGCGGUUGCCAUUAUAUGGAUAAGGAAAAAGUACAUUUCCAAAACUUUGGCAAUCAAUCCCAGUCCGUUACCGACGGAAAGCGCAUGCCCGGAUGCCGAGGGCCAAGAGGUCAACCCAGAACGUUACACCGUCAAAAAUGAAGCAACCUCAGCAGACGAUACCAAUUUUGAAAACAUAGAGGGCGCUACUUUUACCACGGCCGAUGACGAACCCGGACCAAGCCAUCGAUUAGUUCGAAGGCAAACCACCCAAGCCAUUCAAGCAGAGCGCCCACCUCCCACUCCGCCUAAACAGGCAUGGGGCGAGUUAUCUCAAGUUCGAACCACUUCAACUGUAUGA